UUUCGUCCCCGUCGUCAUCGUCCCCGAUAGCUCCUCCACCACCGGCAGCGCCAGACUACAACCAUUACCAUCGCCGCCUCCAACACCAUCACCUCCAUCGCCACCACCACUAGCGACACUAACCCAAUUUCUCAUGGUCGUUCGAGUUUUCAUCUUCUUCAUUAGGGUUUGAGUCGAGAAUUGAAUCAAUCAAAUCACCAGAGUUAUUCAAAAUCAAAUCAGGGUUCCAUGUUCAACAUAGUUGUUGCUCAAUUAUCAUUUGGGUGACGAAGGUUUUGAGUCGAGAAUUGAAUCAAUCGAAUCACCAGAGUUAUUCAAAAUCAAAUCAGGGUUCCAUGUUCAACAUAGCUGUAUCUCAAUUAUCAUUUGGGUGACCAAGAUGGAUUCAUUGCAAGAUGACGUACGUCGAAGCCCAAGAAUUGUUGAGCUGCAAGAUAGGCAAAAACAACUCUGGCAUGCUCAAUAUAAAUCAAAACAAGAGAUACUGACCGAACAGGCGUUCAAUGAAAGACGACAUCUUGCUUAUCAAAUUCGGAAGACAAGAAUGGAUGAAGCCGGUACAAGCUCAAGUGUUCAACUGUCUAACUCAGCUGGAGCACAUAAAGCAGAAUCGGUCUUGAUUCGUCGCCGAAGCCCAAGAUUUAUGGGAUGCGGAAACACAGCCGAAACAAGUGAUCAAGCAAGUGUUCAAGUGUCUAACUCAGCUGGAGGAUUCAUUCCUCGCCGAAGCCCCAGAUUUAUUGCACACGGGAACACAGCAGAAUCGUUGAAUCAAGUUCGGAGACGAAACAUGUCCGAAGAACAGCUGGCCGGUGAACGAGACAGGAAGCGUGUUCGACAAAGAACCCGUCGUCUAAUUAUGACAGAAGAGCAGCGGUUGAUUGAACGUGAGCGUGAUCGUAAUCGAAAAAAAGCCGCCAAGGAAAAGCUAAACCUUCCUUCAACAUCUAUAGUCAACGAUGAUGCACACAUAUCGAAAAACAGCUGGCUGGUGAACGACAAAGAGACCGUGUUCGGCAGAGAACCCAUCGACAAAAUGAUGGAGGAGCAGAGGUUGAUUGAAAGCGAGUGUGAUCAUAAUCGAUACUUAGCCGCCAAAGAAAAGCUGAACUUUCCUUCAUCAUCAGCAGGCAACACUUCAUCAAACUUAGUUGAACAUGUUAUGCAUGAACAUGCUCAGGCAGAAGUUGAGAGACUUAUCGGUCGCAUCUCAACAAUAGGAAUGAAUACCAGCGAAGGCUAUAUGGAGUUGGUGCCUGAACACAAAGCUCCCAUACAUACAACAUUUGACGAUAUGCUCGAGUUUGAUGAGCAAAUCAACAAUGCAGGAGAUGAUUUGGAUGAGAGUCACCAACAGGAUAUGCAAGCAGGUACAUUUUUGACAAACUUUAAAACUAAAACAUGUUUGCAGGGAGGUAUGAUUGUUACAUGGUUGAGAAACAUGGUGCUGCUGGAUAUUGUAUGUAGGGUUUCUUUUAGAAUUCUUAGUAGUAAUACUUACUGCACGGUUAUAGCUCAUAUGUAAUGUGCCCUAUCGCUAUAAAUACGAAUUUUGAAUUGACUGAGAGUGGCAUCUGCAAUUCAAAUUUUGUUAAUCUUAUAGAGAUUUCAUUUAUAAAACAUUAGUUUCAUUC